AAUUCCCAGCAGUUAAAUUUACGAAGUAUCAGCCAUUUGAAUACGAGGAAAGCUGCUUGCUGCCCUCGUAAUUAGGCUUCUUGGCUUCAAUAUAUAUCCUCCAGGCAAUUUAAAAUGGAUAUUUUGUUUCGUAGUAUGAUACAGGAAGUCAAUAGCCUUCUUCGGUAUCCAUAUUGGCUUCCUAAAGAAAGAUCUCAGAUUACUUAUUAUUCACAGCAGCUCAGGUCCUUGGUUAAAGAAUUCCAUAGAUAUCAAAUCACAGAUCAGGGUCAUAUAUCUGAGUUAUUAAUCGAUCCAACACUACACAUUCUUGUUACCAGGAUACUUGAGUAUAAGAAUGUGACAAGGCUUGAGUUUUUCAAAUUUGAGGAUCCUCCUAAUCUCGCCCAUGUUGGGGAUCGACUAGCAUUUGAAGUGACUCAUAUUUAUGAAGCCUCCAAGCAAGAUUCCACAAAAAGAGAAAAAGAGAAUUCUGAUUCCAAACACUUCUCUACCCGGUUUCUCUCUAACUCUGAUCAUAACAGAGGGAGCACUAAGGCAUGUAAAUCAAAAAUGGAUGUUCUGUUUGAUCGAUUGUUUGAACAGGUGAAUAAGCUUCUUAGAUAUGAUGAUUGGCUUCCUUUUGAAAGAUGUCAGAUUUCUUUUUAUUCUGAAAAGCUCAAGUACUUCUCUGAAGCAUUUGCAACCUUUACAAUUACAGAUGAGAACUUUAGAUUUCAGUUAACUGAAAGUGUAGAAUUAAGUACUGCUAUUAGAAGCAUACUUUUUUCUAAGUAUGUGACAAGCUCUGAUCCUCCUGAUCUGACCCGUGUUGGAGACCAACUAGCACUGGAAGUGGCUGGGAUUUAUAAAGCCUCCAACCGAAUUGUUAGGAAGACGGAAGAAUGGGAUCCCCCAGACUUCAGUUCCCACUUUUACUUCGAAAAGAAGUAUAUUCAAGAGGUCGAAGCUUUUGUUGGAUUCCAAGCUGAGGCAAGUGAUUUACUCCAGCAACUUGUCUCUAUUACUAAGAAGCAGCUUCAAGUUAUCUGCAUUGUAGGGAUGGCAGGACUUGGUAAGACUACUUUAGCUGAAAGACUAUAUAAUGAUCCUUAUGUUGUUUCAUACUUCUAUGCUCGUGCAUGGAUCACUUGUUCUCAAGUAUAUAAUAAGAGGGAUUUGUUGCUUACACUUGUAAGCUCAGUUGUUGAGAUUACUGAUGAUGUUUCUAUGAUGGAUGACAACAUGUUAGCCCAUGCCUUGUACCGUGCUUUAAAGGGUCGGAGAUACCUUAUUGUGAUUGAUGAUAUAUGGAGUAAAGAGGCAUGGGAUGAUUUUCAGAUAUCUUUUCCUAAUGACAUCAACGGGAGUAAGAUUUUGCUGACCACCCGGAUCAAAGAUGUUGCUGUGCAUGCACAACCUAAAGGGAAUCCACAUUGUUUGCGUUUUCUAACGGAAGAGGAAAGUUUUGAUUUGUUUAAAAAGAAAGCCUUCAUAAUGGGAUAUUACUCUGGACAAAUGUAUUCGAUUGGAAAGAGUAUUGCAAGAAAGUGUCGCGAAUUGCCUCUUGCAAUUGUUGUAAUUGCGGGACUUCUGAAAACCAAUCUGCAAAUGAGUUGGUGGGCGCAGGUUGAUGAAGCUGUAAGUUCAUACAUCUUAACUGAUGAAAAUCAAUACAUAGAUACACUAGCAUUGAGUUAUCACCACCUCCCUCAACACUUGAGACCUUGUUUUCUCUCUUUUGGAGCAUUCCCAGAAGAUCACGACAUCCCAGUAUGUAAGUUGACUUGGUUAUGGAUUGCAGAGGGUUUCAUACAGCAGGAUGGAACAGAAAAGAGCUUGGAGGACGUAGCAGAGGAUUACUUGAUGAAUCUCAUAGGAAGAAGCUUGGUGGUUGUUGGAAAAAAAAGGUCUAAUGGAGCAAUUAAAAUGUGCCGUAUUCAUGACCUCUUGCGUGACUUGGGCCUAAAAAAAGCUGAGGAAGAAAAUUUUUCACCAGAUAUAUACUGGUACAAUAAACAUACCUAUUCAUGUCCUCAUUCUCUAGACGACUCUUCUACGAAACCCCAACUUUUUCUCAGCACUAAUGUCCUUAAUAUUCCAUCAAACCCUUGUUGCUCUUGUUGGGAAGUCUCCAACUCAUCUGUUAAGGAUGUAUUAGUUAUAUGGGAUACCUCCAAACUUAUCAGGGUUUUGGAUAUAUCAUCCAUAGAAUUGUUGGCAUUUCCAUGUGAAUUAUUGCAACUAGUACAGUUGAGGUACUUGGAACUUCGGUUUAGGUCAGGUAACCCUCCUGAAUCUGUGUCCAACCUUAGGGAACUCCAAACACUUGUCAUGUCAUCAAGGACAAAUAUGAUUGUUCCAAAGAAUAUUUGGAAAAUAACAACGUUGAGGCAUCUUUGCAUCAAAACAGGGGAAAAUCAUGUGAGUAUCUCUGAUGUGGAAGAGGAAGCUAUAUUAAUGGAAAACUUAUACACCAUGUCACUAGUAAGCCCAACUAGGCCAUGUCAAGAUAUAUUGGCCAGGACUCGUAAUCUGAAGAAGCUGGGUCUUUGUGGACCAUUGACAACUAAGAGUGGUGAGAUGAAAUUUCCUGAUAUAUGUCAUUUAAAGCACCUCAAAACAUUGAAGUUGCUAAACACAACUGCUUUGUGCAAAGCAGGAAGAUUAAGUGAUUCAAUUAUAUUCCCUGAAACUCUUAAAAGUCUUACUGUGUCAAAUACUUAUUUGGAUUGGAAGGAAGCUUGGAUCUUUGAAAUGAUACCUAACCUUGAAGUUCUCAAGUUAAAAUUUCAUGCCUUUGUUGGUAGAGACUGGGAAACAAGUACGGAAGCAUUUCCUCGUCUCAAACUUCUGAAACUUGAUGAAUUGAAUAUUCUGACUUGGACAGCUUCUCGUAAUCACUUUCCAGAGCUUCAGCGCUUGCAGAUUUGUCGAUGUCCUUACCUAAUGGAGAUUCCAGAAGACUUUGGUAACAUAUGGACGCUUGAGUGGAUUGAGUUAAGUGGCUGCAGUGAAGCUGCAACCAGUUCUGCAAGAAAUAUUCAGAGAGAGCAAGAGAGCUAUGGCAAUGAUUGGCUCAAGUUCCUUCUAAACCCCGCGCUAGCUCCUAGCUAAACAGAUAUAUAUUCCUCAUUUCACAAAGUUAAUUUUAAUUUUAAUUUUGAAUUAUGUACUCGAAAUGGUAAUUUA